GAGCCCCGGGGCUCGGCGGAGCCGGUCCCGCCGCACCCGCAGCCGCACCGGGACCGGGCUGCGUGCGGCGGCGGGGCCCGGGUGGGCGAGGGCGCACCGGGGCAGCGCCGCCCUCUCCCUCCUCCUCCUUCUCCUCUCCUCCUCCUCCUUCCAGCCGGUGCCGCGGAGCGGAGGAGCCACCGGGGGCAGGAGCGGCCCCCGCAUGCGGCCGGUGCCCGCGGGGGGAUGCGCCGCGCCCCGGCCCCGCCGCCGCAAAGUUUCUGCGGGGCCCCCGCCGUGAACCGGGGCGGGGAGGAGGAGGAGGAGGAAUCCCUGGACAAAACGCCUCCCUGGGCAAAAGGGCUCGCAGGCACAGGCACCUAAAAAAAAAAAAAAAACCUUAAAAAAACCCCAAAGCGGGGCCCGCCGCUAUUUUCCCCGCUCUCCAAAACUUGCCGAACUCGUUGCGAGCAGGAAGGCACCGGGCGGCUCCGCUCGAUGCGGCGGCGGGGCCAGCACUGAGCCCGGUGCCGGAGCCAUGGCCAUGGUGGCCGGCGGCUGGGGCGAGCCCAACGGCGGCGGCGGCGGCGGCGGCGGCGGAGGGGAGGAGGCGGCGUCCCCCGCGGGCGGCGGCAGCGACGCGGAGCACGGCGAGGAGGAGCGGGCCGGGGCCGCCGUGGACUGCGUGGUGUGCGGGGACAAGUCCAGCGGGAAACACUACGGGGUCUUCACCUGCGAGGGCUGCAAGAGCUUCUUCAAGCGCAGCAUCCGCAGGAAUCUCAGCUACACCUGCAGAUCCAACAGGGAUUGCCAGAUUGACCAACAUCACCGCAACCAAUGCCAGUACUGCCGCCUCAAGAAGUGCUUCCGAGUGGGAAUGAGGAAGGAAGCCGUCCAGCGGGGCCGCAUCCCGCCCAGCCAUGCCAGCAGCAGCCCCCAUCCCCUUCCCGGAGGGGAAUUCCUCAACGGGCAGCCGCUGUCGGAGCUGAUUUCCCAGCUCCUCCGCGCCGAGCCCUACCCCGCCGCCCGCUACGGCUCCCAGUGCGCCCAGCAGGGCAGCGUGAUGGGCAUCGACAACAUCUGCGAGCUGGCCGCCCGCCUGCUCUUCAGCACCGUGGAGUGGGCGCGCAACAUCCCCUUCUUCCCGGAGCUGCCCGUGUCGGAGCAGGUGGCUCUGCUGCGGCUGAGCUGGAGCGAGCUGUUCGUGCUGAACGCGGCGCAGUCGGCGCUGCCGCUGCACAUGGCCCCGCUGCUGGCGGCCGCCGGCUUCCACGCCGCGCCCAUGGCYGCCGACCGGGUCGUGGCCUUCAUGGAUCAGAUCCGGCUCUUCCAGGACCAGGUGGAGAAGCUCAACCGGCUGCAGGUGGACUCGGCCGAGUACAGCUGCCUCAAGGCCAUUGCGCUCUUCACGCCGGACGCCUGUGGGCUCUCGGACCCGGCACAUGUGGAGAACCUGCAGGAGAAGGCCCAGGUGGCGCUGACAGAAUACGUGCGAUCCCAAUACCCGUCGCAGCCCCAGCGCUUCGGGAGGCUCCUGCUGCGGCUCCCGGCGCUCCGGGCCGUUCCCGCUGCCCUCAUAUCCCAACUUUUCUUCAUGCGGCUCGUCGGGAAAACUCCCAUCGAGACCCUCAUCCGGGACAUGCUGCUGUCCGGGAGCACCUUCAACUGGCCCUAUGGGACGGGGCAAUAGGGACGGA